UUUAACCCCAGUGCGACAGUAGCCUACAUAUUUUGUCGCUAUCUUUCCUCUGUCCCUUCUGUCUAAUUUUAUUGCGUGGUAUUUGCCUUGCUAGCUUGUAUGUGAAGAUGACAGAAGGCGAUGAUGUCAUUGAUAACCCCUCCCAUACUCAUCAAUAUGACAAAUAGAGUGUCCUUUGGCUAACUAUUGAGAAGACACUGAUCGAACUAAGCUGUAACGCCAUGGCUAUAGUGCUCUAAAUAGAGAAAGACGUAGGUUUUUCCAGGUUUUAGCUGAUGUUGAAGUUGCAUUCUUGAGAUGAGCCAUCCAUUUGACGGAAGUUCCACAGAAUCGUCCACUGGUUGCAGCUAUUAGCAGAGAUCGGUGGGGAUUCCAGGAGAGCCAUGGGGGUUGGGAAGCAGGAGGCGACCCGGGCCCGUGCCCCCAGCGCCGCGCUCACAGCCUGGCUCCUCUGAUGGAGCGUCCCAGUGGACGCCCUCUCAACUACGCCUGGCACGGAGGACGAGGAGAAGGAGAGGGAGUUUAAACGCCACUCUUCUGCCUGAUCCGAAGAGGUCAAUUACUGCCGUAGCCACAAACUACUCCGUGCUCUCACUCUCUCUCUCCAAACGACACAGGAAGCAAACAGCUUGACCCUUGGUGGUAAACCUCACAGAACCCGCCUGAAGUGACAUCACCUUUUAGGAGAGCCACCAAUCACCCUCCGUUCUCUUUCCUGAUCCACCUGCACCUGUUACCUGUGGCUCCCACCAUUUGCUUUGGUGCUCCCGAGCGAGUGCGGACCAGACUGUCAGAACGCUAAGGGUGAGAAAAGAGAGAGAGAGAGAGAGAGACAAAGAGACGGUGCGCUCGCGCUCUGUGACUGUGACUGCUCAAGCACCAUGGCCAUCUGGAGAACAGCAGGGCAGAGCGUCGCACCACCAGCGCUGGGCAGCCAGUAGGAGGGGCCCACCCCACCUAGCAGCAGCAGCAGCCGCCGGCGCCAAGCUCCAACACCCAUGCCAUGGAAGGGGACAUCAUCUUGGCCGCAAACACGGAGGGUUUGAAUGGGUUGCCUCAAGAAUGUAAGCAGACAGUGGAUCUAACCAAUGGACACUCCAAUCACAAACCUGAGAUGAAUGGAGUGGCUCCAGGCCAUGCCAUCAUUAAGGAGCACGCCAAUGGAAACUCCCUUCACAAACCAGUGCCAAUCUCCGCGCUGAAACAGAAUGGUCUGUUGCAGUCCCUGGCAGCAGGAGGUGAUCAGCCUAGGACAGAAGAGGUGAACUCGGAGGUGGAGAGGGCCAGGGAGGAAUGGGAUGCCCUUGAGAGCAUCCAGCCAGUUCUCCCCGAGGAGCUCGCUCCCUCCCCGCUCAUCUCCUUCAACGAAGCCCUGCAGCACUUCCAGACCACAGACCUCGCAGAUCUCCUGAAGAACAUCCAGCCCACCAUUCGUAGGACGGGUCUGGCGGCCAUCACACACUUCCUGUUUGGUCCGCCCCGACUGCACAAGGAGCUGCUGGAGGAGAGGGACCUGGUGUUUGCCAUUGCACAGUGCUCAUUGGACAACGGGCAGCCUGUGCACAUGCGUGUGCUGCAGACCAUCUACAGGAAACUGACUGGCAACCGCAAUGACUGCCCACGCUUUGGACCCCACUGGGAGAACGUGGGUUUUCAGGGGACGGACCCGUCCACAGAUUUGCGAGGCACAGGCUUCCUGGGCCUUAUGCACACACUUUACCUGGUCAUGGAUCCAGAAACACUACCUUUAGCACGAGACAUCUACAAGCUGUCCCAGCACCCAGUGCAGAACUUCCCCUUCAGUGUGAUGUCCAUCAACAUGACCCGCAUUGCCUUGCACGCGCUCAGAGAGGAGGUCCUAUCCAAGGAGUGCAACCGACGGCAGCAGGUUGUCGGGGUGAUCAACGACUUCUACGCGGCCACUUUCCUGCACUUGUUCCAGCUGUGGAAGAGCGAGCAGAAGACUAUCUCAGACUCGGGCUAUGUGCUCAAAGAGGUAGAAAUCUUUGCCAAAAAGAACCCCAAACAGAUCCUGAGGCGCCUGGAGACUUUCCUGAAGGAGCGACGCACUAGGAUAGGGCACCGAGCAUCACCGGACAGCCUGUCUCACAGCAACCGUUCCCCCAGCGACAGGGGGUCCAGCCUGGAGACCCAGGGGACCAAAGAGGGCAAAGAGAUGAACUUCACCGGUGUGUGUGAGCUCCCGGCCGAGAUGGAGGGAGAGGCCCGACUCAUCUGAGAGAAAGAGACUGAGAGUGUGAGGAGUGGGACACGUCUUGUGAGGGGAAAGGGAUGGUCAAAUUAUGUCACAAGUUGAGAUGGGUUUAUCUCUUCUCUCAAAUGUUCUUUUCCUCUUUUUUUCCCCUCUCGCUCACCGUUUGCACACAACAACACACACACACACACACACACACAUGUGUACACGCGCACGCCUAGCCAGCAUUGCUGCACAUCCAUCUUUGAGAACUGUUCCUCUUUCACAGAGUAGACUUCAGGGUUCAGAUUCACUACAGAUCUCUCUUCUCUCCCUUUGCCUAUUUCUAUAGGUUCCUACUAGAAUAACCCCUCGUACUGUAUGCUUACACAGAGAAGCCGCCAAGGUGAAUAGUUGCCAAAUAUUUGUUUUGUUUUGUUUUUAUCCUUCCCCCUAGUUGGAGCUUGGUGCUGAGACUGUAGCAUUUUCACUGUCCGUAGGGUGGUUGGAUGACAAGAUAAGGCUCAGGGAGAGUGACUGAGGUCGAUGAGGUUCAAAGUUUAUGAGGUUGUUUGUUUGUUUAUUUGUUUAUGAUUGACUGUGCACUGGCUGCACAGAGCCCUACUGUGAGGCUAGAAAGAGAGUCAUUAAGAAAGGAAGUAUCUGUGAUAAGCGUGAGGUACGCCAUUUUUAUAUUCAUCUUGUGCACUAAGCGAGAGAUUGAUUUGGAGAGAUCCAUGCACAUUGGCAUAACAAUAUCUGUAAGCUUGCAUAUAUAUAUAUAUAUAUAUGUGUGUGUGUGUGUGUGUGUGCGGGUGUGUACAUGUCAAAGUGUUCUGUGUAUUUGCUCAAAGGCGUUGGUCUGCUUUGUACAUGUUACGUAGGAAACAUGGUGUCUUUCUGCGCAGGUUGUAGACGAGAAGCACUAUUUGCAGUGCAAUCCAAGCCCUAGUGAAGCUCUUUGAACCAUGCAAGUAUUUGGUAGUUGUAUUUGUUGGGUGAGUGAGGUAGAUGGUUCAGUUGAGGUCUCGUGGCACUAUUGAUUUUUUCUGUUAGAGCUCUACAAGUGUUCUGUAUGGAUAAAUUCUAGCUGUAUAAAUAUAUAUGAGUAUAUUUUUCAAAGACUUUACACUGAAGCUAUUUUAUUCUUACCAGUAUGAAGAACACAAAGAAACAUGGCACCUCCUGAUGUCCCUCAGGACUGUUUGUCAAGGAACCCCCGCUGGCCACUGGGCCUGGUACAUUGGCUGCAGAUUUUUAAAGCAUUGAUGGGAGGGGUUGAAGUGUGACUUCCGCCGCCCUCUUUGACUGUUACUGUGUCCCCCUGUCACCUCAGAGAAAUGGGGAUGUGCAUAAACCAUCUCCCUGACACCGAGCCGCUAGCCUAGCAGAAGGCAACAUCGUGGCUUAGCCUCCCCUUCUGAGUAUGCAGGGUCUGCUGGACAAAAGCCUUCUGGUGGCUAGUAGGUUCUUGUAAUUUGCAUGCAAAAAAUAAACAUACAAACAAAAAAAAAAGAUGGGUUCCCCAGCGGAACUGUGCUGGUGGCUGUAGAUUUAGUCCUAACCAGUGUAUAUUUUGUGUAUGCAAAAAAAAAAAGGGGGGUGUUGAUUUUUCCCUUAAAGUAAAAACGGUACGUCUUGGCAAUAGUGGUAGGAAGCUAGCAACUUCUCCGGUAAAUGUCUUUUGAUGUUAUUAUGAAAAGUGUUUAUGAAUUCAGGGGAGUGUUUUCUCGACACUUCAGGGUAGCGACCAAAAACCAGAUUGUGAUAAAGCCUCUUUAAGUACGUACGUUGCAGUCAGAAUAGAAUGGGUGUGUUGUCAGCUGAAUUGAUUGGCAGGUGAGUUUCUAUCGAGACUCUGCGACUCGAUGCAGCUCAUCACGGCUCUACCACAAAGCACCAGUCGAAAGGAUCCUCUGCAGGGUAAAUAUUUGUUGUGGAAAACGGUGGCCUUGAGAGAAGCAGGACUACCUAGCUGCAUUAUAUCUGGUGUGCUCCGGUAGAUGACCAGAGCCAGUCAUGGUUGACACAGUGAUGCUUUGUGUUUUGUUUGAGAGAUCCUGGAUUGAUCUCCUACUUCUUUGUCAGGUUUUUGAGGAAGGACGGUCUCUGAACUCACUUAUUUGUAGCAUGCUCCAUAGCACUAGGACCGUAGCACCAGAGAAUUGUUGUUGUUUUAUUUGUUGUUUUAUUUUCUGGUUUAAAAUUCCUUGUUAAAAAAAGGCUUGUUCUAUUACUCUGUAUGUUCACUUGUGUCUCUUUUUGGCAAAAUCUUAUGUGUUGUCUGAGAAACACAGUAGAUUUCUGUAACUUUCUCCAAUAUCUUCAGUUCCCUUUGCAACAACAAACUAGACUCAGUGGUUGAACGUGUUAGGAGUCGUCACUUUUAGUCCCUAUGUUUAGCUGAAUGAAAGAGUAGUGUUUUCUGCACUUGAAUGAGACCAGUAUCUUUAAGACGGAGAAUAAUUUUUUAGGAGCUGCAUGUGGCACAGAGAAUCCCCCCCCCCCCCCACACACACACAUUAGCCGUGCAUUUGUUCACUUCCUGAUUCAUUACCCAGUGAGUCAUUGCCCAGCGAGACUUUUUACCCAUCCAGGAAAAAUGUUAAGAGUACACAAACCUACCCACACAAGCAGACAGAUAGACACACACACACACACACACACACACACACACACACACACACACACACACACACACACACACACUCACUCUCAGUUAGACCAGUGGAAGCAUGACUAUUAAAUGUGACAAACUUGGCCACAAGCGCAACUAUCCUUUCAACUCUGUGUGUAAUUACAUCUUUUAUAUAUACACACACACACACACUCACACACUCCUGUCUGCUUCUUUCCCUCCAUUUGCUGUGACAUCACCUCCAUGAACACACUGGCAAGCAUGCACACACACACUCGGUGCUCAGGUGCGAGAGUGUGUGAAGCUCUGUGACGUGAUGGGUUGGUUCUGUGAGAGGGUGUGACGGUGGGGAGAAACACUAGUGCCUCAGAGAAGAGUGUCCUCCCAUAGCGCUGGGAGAAGCACGGUGGAACUUUAUAAAGCAUUCAUAAGCUACUUACAAAGCAUGGCAGCAGCUGUGUGUGUGUGUGUGUGUGUAUGUGUGUGUGUGUGUGUAUUGGGGUGGGAAACGGGGGAGGGUACCUGCAAGCGUUUAUAAAGCAUUUGUAAGCACUACGAAACAGCUGCUGAUUGUUUGCGUGUUGCUCCCCCACGUUAGCUACAGCAGACUAAGCUUAUAGUGAAGUGAGCUCUGUCAGUAAGGCAGUCGGGGGUAGUGUGUUGUGUUGGGCAGGGGUGGGGCGCUAGACUCGGCAGACGUCCCACACGACUGCUGUGUGUCCAUGAAGGAACAUUCCAUGCCAGUCGCCCUUCCGUGCCAGUCUCCCAUGGCACGGGGGGAGUAGAACGUGGCGAACGCUUGUCCACAAAUAUUUAAAAAAAUAAAAAAUAAAAAAAAGGUGAAGCUGCACAGGCACCCAAAUUUUUAGCUGAGUGUGCAUGUCUACGUCAGAGGCGCUGUUUGUCGGUGGACAAUCUGCGGACGCUCUCGCAGAGGGGUCAGUCUGGUGAAGAGCAGCCUGACGGGACGUGUAGUGACGAGCAUUGGCACGUGUACAUAGAAGAUACAAGUGAAGAUUGUAGCAGUGUGAUUGUUAACGGGAGGGGGGGGGGGGGGUUGUAAUAGCGGUAAUGUCAUGUCAAACCUCAGGCUUGAGACAAAUCUCUCACUCUCUCUCCUCCUUUUUGCUUUUGUCCGGUAGCUGAUGAACACCAGUGGUGUCAUAAAAGACACACGGAAAACAUACAGCAUUGUCCCUGAAGCCCAACAGCUUCACUGAUCUCUUAGCCAUCUUUUUAGUUAUAUUUUGGUUUGUUUUGGGUUUAUUUUUGUACAGCAGUCUAACAGUGCAUUAUCAUACACAGUUCCCCUAAACAGCGCACUUGGCAAUAGGGCAAUUCAAAAGAUUGUGCAUUGUUUCUUUGAGGGAGAAGAAGGAGGAUGUGGUUGGAAUCGACCAGAUCUCUCUUGGUUAGCUUUCAGGUCGAGUUAGCCCAAUUCUUUUUUUUAUUAUUAUUAUUUUAAAGUCAUUCAUCUUCUUUUUUUUUUUUUUUUUUUUCUUUCCUGGGACUCACUUCUGUCGUGUGAAUCGAUAGGAGACUGGAUGAGGCCUCAGUCUUGACCUUCUUCUCCCCCUUUUCCCCAAAUGCAUCUUAGGUGAGAUAAGAGUCCAGUGCUACCCCCCCUCCCCUCCCUGCACAUUCCUUUGGAGGUGUUUUGUUAUUGUUGUCGUUGUUGUUUGUCUGUUUGUCCCUCAGAGCAUUCUAUCCUCCCAACACCCCUUCCCUCCAGUAAUACCUGAUUGUAGAAGUCCGAUUUUAUAAUGAGAAUAUAUUUCAGAAUAUAUGCGUACAGUUGUACAGUAAUGUAUUGUAUGAAGACUAUUAAAAUAAAAUUGCAACUUAAAAAUUA